UGCGCGGCAUGUCCUAGACACGCUGUGCUCUCAGUUUGCAUUCGAUCCAAAAUGAAAGCGGCCGCGUGUGUUGUAGCUCUACUUAUUAUUCGAAAAUUACGCAGAAGGAAGAGACUGAAAAAAACAAGGCAAUGCUGGAUACGACCACUUUUCCAACAGAGGGUAAAGAAUUUGAAAGUGAUUAAUUAUGAAAUCCACUAUCGAACAACACAGUUUUUAAGAUUGACCUUGGAAGAAUUUGAACAUAUACAUACACUGGUGGAACCAUUUAUUAAAAAAACUGAUACACACUGGCGUGUAGCAAUAACGACGAAAGAGAGACUCGCAAUAACUUUGCGAUAUUUGGCCACAGGAGACUCAUAUACUAGUCUACAAUAUAUAUUUCACGUGUCAAAGCAAACAAUCUCAAAAAUAGUCCCAGAGGUGUGCGAUGCCCUAGUGAAAGCUCUGAAGGAUGUGAUAAAGUUACCAGUAUCGGAACAAGAUUGGAAGAUAGUCUCUAAAGAAUUCGAGGAAAAAUGGAAUUUCCCACAUGUCAUCGGUGCUUUGGACGGAAAACAUAUAACUAUUCAGGCUCCUUUUAGAAGCGGCACCGAGUAUUACAAUUAUAAAAAAUAUUUUAGUAUUGUACUUUUAGCAUUAGUAGACUCAAAUUACAAUUUUAUGUACGUUAACGUUGGAAGUCAAGGUCGAAUAUCAGAUGGAGGCGUUUUUAAACAUUGUGAAUUGUACCGAAAGUUAGAAAAUAAUCAACUUAAUGUACCAGCACCAGAAAUUUUAAAUAUACCCUACACAACAAAAGUACCCUAUGUCAUAUUAGGAGAUCAAGCUUUUGCUUUAACUAAAUAUAUGUUGACACCUUUUGCAGGAAUUCAUUCAAAAGGGUCUAAAGAACGGAUUUUUAACUACAGACUAUCGAGAGCACGUAGAGUAGUUGAAAAUGCGGCUGUGUGA